ACCUAAAGGUGUGGCUCCAUUACAGGAGUUUCACCUUACCCCGCAAACAAAAGCAGUGUUGCCAAAACAGCGCAUUGCCCCAUUAAAACAACAAAAACAACCCGCUACUGUUGCAGCAGGCGCUAAACAGGCCCAUAUGUCCCUCCUCUCGUCAUUCAGUGUGUUGGUUGACCUGUUAAUCAGCACAUGUAGUCUACGCGUUUUAAAAGUGAACAAAUCUGGCCGAGGUUGAGCGGAACACAGCACGUGAGACGGUACCGCGAGGUCGCCACUAGAUGGAGCUCGCGAGUCAACAGUUGUCAACACUAUAUGACGGCUGUAACUUUUAUAUCGUGCAGGGGCUGUAAAUGCAUGGUCAUACUGUAGCUAGUUAAUAAUUGCACAAAACAGACGUUUUGAACCGCUUCCUCUUUCUGCGGCACGCAACGUUGCACACAUCAUGGCUAGUAGUCGUAUAGUAACGUGAGCUGAACGCGCGUGCGUGGCUGCCAAGAGUCUUAUCGGAGAUGAACUUUGAGUGGGGCUGGUCCACGCCCUCCUCCGACACACUGGUCGGUCCCAUCGCCCCCGACAAACACAGUCCGGUAGCGUCUCAGUACCGCAGGGGCACCAUGUACUGCCUGCGAGGUGAACCCGAACUCAGCAAAGCGGAGGAAGCACGCCGCCAUGCCAGACGACAGAAGGUGAUACAAAUGAACGAAAAGCUCCUAGAAAUGGAGGGCGAUCCGGACCUCCAGUUCCUCCUGCAGGGGGGAGACCUCCUCAAGGUCCUCUCCCCGUCCUGGAAGAAGACCCGCUACUUCAGACUCAUGGAGGACUGCAAGACCAUGUGGCGUGAAUCGAAGAAAACCUUCAAGGACAGCAAGACCUGUGAGUGCUGCCGUCCCAGCUACCCAGCUGCAUUUUCACUCGACGAGAUCUCGGCGGUGCGAAUGGGCCGUCAUUCGGAGGGCCUGAGGAAGAACACGGAGGACCAGGUGGAGGGCCGCUGCUUCUCCAUCAUGUUCAAGGGCCGCCGCAAGAACCUGGACCUCAUCGCCAGCUCAGAGGAGGAGGCCAAGCGGUGGGUCAGCAGCCUGGAGAAAGUGGUCUCCAGCAGAAAGGACCUCAACAGGCAGCAGAAGACGGAGCAUUGGAUCUUCAGCUGCUUGAGGAAAGCCGACAAGAACAAAGAUGAUAAGAUGAGUCAGUCGGAGCUCAAGAACUUCCUGCGUCUGAUCAACGUCGAGGUGGAUGACGACUACGCUGAGAUGCUCUUCCAGAAAUGCGACAAAUCCAAAUCGGGAUACCUGGCUGGAGAGGAGAUCAAACAUUUCUAUGACCUGUUGACCCACCGGAAGGAGAUCGAAGUCAUCUACGGAGAGUUCGCUAAAACCACGGGCUUCAUGAGUGCUCAGAACCUGGUGGACUUCAUCAUGGAACAGCAGAGAGAGAAGGCCACGCUGGCCGACGCACACAGCAUUAUCCAGAAGCACGAGCCAGACGAAAACGCCAAGGAGAAUAAGCUGCUGUCCAAAGACGGCUUCCUCAUGUACCUGCACCAUCCAGAGGCCAUGGUCCUCAAUCCAGACCACAGGGAGGUGCACCAGGACAUGAGCCGGCCCCUCAACCAGUACUUCAUCUCCUCCUCGCACAACACCUACCUCAUGGAGGACCAGCUCAGAGGGCCCAGCAGCACGGAGGCUUACAUCAGGGCUCUGCUGAAGGGCUGCCGCUGUGUGGAGCUGGACGUCUGGGACGGAUCAGACGAUGAGCCGGAGAUCUACCACGGCUACACACUGACUUCUAAGAUCCUCUUCAAGGAUGCCAUCAAAUCCAUCAAGGAGUACGCCUUUAAGACGUCCGAUUACCCAGUUAUCCUCUCCUUGGAGAACCACUGCAGUGUGGAGCAGCAGGAGGUCAUGGCCCACCACAUGAGCUCCAUCCUGGGCGGUGCACUCAUCACCUCCCCCCUGGGGGACGGUAUGCCCACCGACUUUCCAUCUCCCGAGGAGCUGAAGGGGAAGUUCCUGAUCAAAGGGAAGAGAUUAAACAAGCUGGAGGCCAGCUUCGCUCCCGAGGCAGCUGCGGCUGAUGACACGGACGUGACGGAGGAGGACGAGUCGAAUAAUGAAGACGAGGAGGACGAACAGAAGGAGGAAGAGAAGAGAAAGGCGAAAAAGAAGCUGAAACUAGCGAAAGAGCUGUCUGACAUGGUGGUUUACUGUAAGAGUGUCCACUUCCACGGCUUUGAGGACGCAAAACGGAACCUGAGCUUCUACGAGAUGUCGUCCUUCAAGGAGAAGAAGGCCAUGACGCUGGCAGAGGAGUCGGCCAAUUCCUACAUCCACCACAACGUGGACAAGCUGAGCCGCAUCUAUCCAGGAGGCUCCAGGACCGACUCCUCCAACUACAACCCAGUGCCUCUGUGGAACGCCGGCUGCCAAAUAGUGGCCUUAAACUUCCAGACAGCCUGCACAGACAUGGAUGUCAACCAGGGCAGAUUCCUGGUUAACGGAAAGAGCGGCUACAUCCUGAAACCGGCCUUCAUGAGGGACGUAGCCACGGAGUUCGACCCCAUCACCCUGACCCGAGGAGACUGGCUGAAGCACAAGACGCUCCAUGUCAUGGUUAUAUCUGCCCAGCAGCUCCCCAAAGUGAACAAGAAGAAAUCCUCCAUUGUGGACCCGUUGGUUAAAGUGCAGGUGUACGGAGUGCCGGCUGAUGUUGCCGAGAAAGAGACCAUCGCGAUUGAAAACAACGGUUUCAACCCAGCGUGGAAUGAAAGCUUCCAGCUUGAUGUGUAUGUACCAGAGCUAGCACUGGUGCGCUUUGCCGUUGAAGACCACGACUCCACGUCUGAUAAUGAGUUUGUUGGGCAGUACACACUUCCAUUCAACAGCUUAAAAAUGGGAUACAGACACGUGCCUCUGCUCAAUAAGAACGGAGACGUCCUCCCCUCAGCUGGACUCUUUGUACACAUUAUGGUCGUUGAUGCCGAGUGAGACGUCACCGACGGGAAAUAAGGACCUCCGAAACACAGCCUCCGUUUCUGCUGUUGAUUAAUUGUUUUUUUUCCUCUAUUGUUUUAAGUUCAUGAUUAACUUAUUGGCUUCAUUCCAGUAGUUUGAGCUGCUACUCUAAACGUCAGAUAAAUACCACAAUCUUCUCAGCAAGCUAAAGGACUCCCAUCUGCAACUGGAAAGUUGCAUUGGGAGGUGGGUAUAUGCAUGCAAAUGCUGCACAUCCACAGCAGGUUUGCCAAACUUUUAAAAUGCUCCACAUGAGUGACAUUACACCUUCAACGGUGUCCCUCAUUUCUAGUCUGUUAAUGUAUUGUCUAUUUAAGUUUUUUAAAUGACCCUUUUAUGAAUUCUGGAGAAACAUAAGCCAACAUGGAAACAAUGUGCUUUGUAUUCAUCAGUCAUUUUAGUGUGGUUAUUUUUUUCAUGUAACAUCGUCACGACUUCUUCUUUUUGUAAAUCAAGAUGAAGAUAAAAGUUUUAAACAUGAA